AUGGCCGAUCUUGUCGACCACUCCCCCCACCAUCCCACCAAAGUUGCCCGCUUGGACACGGCCACCAAUGUCAUUCUGAUUGACAACUACGAUUCCUUUACCUGGAAUGUCUACCAAUACCUCGUCCUCGAAGGUGCAACAGUUACAGUUUACCGGAAUGACGAGGUUACUGUGGAAGACCUAAUUGCAAAGAACCCGACUCAACUAGUCAUCAGCCCAGGUCCCGGCCACCCGGAGACCGAUGCUGGAAUAAGCAAUGCUGCGAUCAAACACUUCAGCGGCAAAAUCCCGAUCUUCGGUGUGUGCAUGGGACAACAGUGCAUGAUCACUACUUUCGGUGGUAAAGUGGACGUUACUGGUGAGAUCCUUCAUGGCAAGACCUCGGUUUUGAAGCAUGACUCAAAGGGUGUAUAUGCCGGGCUGCCGAGUGGGGUCUUGGUCACCCGGUACCACUCCCUCGCUGGAACACAUUCGACUGUUCCGGAUUGCAUGGAAGUGACCUCGUGGGCCGACCUCGAGAAUGGUAGUGGCAACAGCGUCAUCAUGGGUGUGAGACAUAAAGAGCUCGCCGUGGAAGGUGUGCAAUUCCACCCCGAGAGCAUCCUAACUGAGUACGGUCGAACCAUGUUCCGAAAUUUCCUGAAGCUCACCUCGGGAACCUGGGAGGGAAACAAGACUAGCGCUACCUCCAAGGCUGCUGCCCCGGUCGUGGUCGACAAGAAAGUCUCCAUCCUGGAGAAGAUUUAUGCCCAUCGCAGGAACGCCGUCGCCGAGCAGAAGAAGAUCCAUGCUUUGCGCCCGGAGGCUCUUCAGGCAGCUUAUGAUUUGAACAUUGCGCCGCCCCAGAUUUCUUUCCCUGACCGCCUGAGACAGUCAGACUACCCCCUCUCUCUCAUGGCAGAGAUUAAAAGGGCAUCACCCUCCAAGGGCAUAAUUUCGGCGGAUGUGUGUGCUCCUGCUCAAGCUCGCGAGUAUGCUAAGGCUGGUGCGAGUGUCAUUUCUGUGCUCACCGAACCGGAAUGGUUUAAGGGUACCAUUGACGACCUUCGGGCAGUCCGCCAGAGCUUUGAAGGCCUCGCUAAUCGACCAGCUAUCCUCCGAAAGGAAUUUGUAUUUGACGAAUAUCAGAUUCUGGAGGCACGUCUUGCUGGUGCCGAUACUGUUCUUCUCAUUGUGAAAAUGCUUCCUAUCGAGCUUCUUACAAGGCUAUACAACUACUCUCGCAGCCUCGGCAUGGAGCCUCUUGUCGAAGUCAAUACUCCAGAGGAGAUGAAGAUUGCUGUGGAUCUCGGUUCUGAGGUAAUUGGUGUCAACAACCGUGAUCUCACUAGCUUCGAGGUUGAUCUGGGGACUACAAGUCGCCUAAUGGACCAAGUACCGGAGACCACGAUUGUCUGUGCCCUGAGUGGCAUCACGGGCCCCAAUGAUGUGCAGGCUUACAAGAAAGAUGGUGUGAAGGCUAUCCUCGUGGGAGAAGCACUGAUGCGGGCACCGGAUACAUCGGCAUUUGUAGCGGAGCUCUUGGGAGGUUCCACUAAUCGAACUUAUUCAGCCACCACCCCCUUGGUGAAGAUCUGUGGAACCCGCUCGGAGGACGCAGCAAAGGCUGCCAUUGAUGCUGGGGCUGAUCUCAUUGGCAUGAUAAUGGUUCAAGGACGGUCACGAUGCGUCCCGGAUGAUGUAGCUUUGCGCAUCUCUAAAGUUGUCAAGUCAACCCCACGACCGGAUACUAAGGCUAUAUCUCAGCAAACAUCCAAAGCUACAUCUACGGAAUGGUUUGAGCAUUCAACUAACAUUCUCCGCCAUCCUUCACGCGCGCUGCUUGUCGGUGUCUUUAUGAACCAACCAUUAUCAUACGUUCUUGCUCAGCAACAAAAGUUAGAACUCGAUGUUGUGCAACUCCAUGGGUCGGAGCCUCUGGAGUGGGCAAGCCUGAUUCCUGUCCCUGUUAUCCGAAAGUUUGCCCCUGGGGACAUUGGUAUCUCUCGAAGGGCAUAUCACACUCUUCCGUUGCUCGACUCUGGCGCUGGAGGAUCAGGCCAGUUGCUCGAGGGAGCCGGGGUCCAGAAGGUCCUUGACAGCGAUGAAGGCUUACGAGUCAUUCUUGCUGGAGGGCUGAACCCUGAAAAUGUCGUGGAGACCGUCAAGAAGCUUGGCGAGUCAGGGUCAAAGGUGGUUGGAUUAGAUGUCAGCUCUGGAGUGGAGACUAAUGGCACUCAAGAUCUAGACAAGAUCCAUGCCUUCGUCAAGGCUGCCAAAAGCGUUCGUGCAUGA